CUGGCCCCGCCCGCCCGGCGGCCGGGCUCCUGUCAGAGCCGGCUCCAGCCAUGGUGCUGCCCAGGGUUUUGUAAGUUGGCAGCGGAGUCUCGGGACGUGGCGCAGGUCCCGAUGGCGGCGGCGGCGGCGGCCCUGGCGGCGGCCGACCCUGCACCCGCGGUGCCGCAGGCGGCGGGAAGUGGUGGCUCGGCGUCUCGCCGAGACUUCUACUGGCUGCGUUCCUUCCUGGCCGGAGGUAUUGCUGGGUGCUGUGCCAAAACCACAGUUGCUCCUUUGGAUCGAGUAAAGGUUUUAUUACAAGCUCACAACCACCAUUACAAACAUUUAGGGGUACUCUCUACACUGCGCGCCGUUCCCCAGAAGGAAGGAUACCUUGGACUGUAUAAAGGAAACGGUGCGAUGAUGAUUCGAAUCUUUCCCUAUGGUGCAAUCCAGUUCAUGGCCUUUGAGCAUUACAAAACGUUCAUUACUACAAAGCUGGGAGUUUCUGGUCAUGUACACAGAUUAAUGGCUGGAUCCAUGGCAGGCAUGACAGCGGUCAUCUGUACUUAUCCUCUUGAUGUCGUUAGGGUGCGUCUAGCCUUCCAGGUGAAAGGAGAGCACACCUAUUCAGGGAUCAUUCAUGCAUUCAAGACAAUUUAUGCCAAGGAAGGUGGUUUCCUUGGAUUCUACAGAGGUCUGAUGCCUACCAUAUUAGGAAUGGCUCCAUAUGCAGGUGUUUCCUUUUUCACCUUUGGAACCUUGAAGAGCGUUGGGCUUUCCUAUGCUCCCACCCUGCUUGGCCGACCUUCGUCUGACAACCCUAAUGUCUUAGUUCUGAAAACUCACAUCAACUUACUCUGUGGUGGUGUUGCUGGAGCAAUCGCACAGACGAUAUCCUACCCAUUUGAUGUGACCCGUCGGAGAAUGCAGUUAGGGACAGUCCUACCGGAGUUUGAAAAGUGCCUUACCAUGCGGGAGACCAUGAAGUAUGUGUACGGACACCAUGGGAUUAGGAAAGGACUGUAUCGCGGCUUAUCUCUGAACUACAUCCGCUGCAUCCCCUCUCAAGCUGUGGCUUUCACGACGUAUGAAAUUAUGAAACAAUUUUUCCACCUUAACUAAAAGAAAAAAUUAUGGUUUUCUUCCAUAAAUCCUUAGAGGAAAAAAUAUAUAUAAAUGUUACCUUAAUUGUGAGGGAAAUGUUACUUGAAGGGGAUGUUUGCCUUGUCACAGGAACCACUGGGAUUUUAAUACUUGAUUUCUGUAUGUUUUUAAAUCAAGAUCAAAAGUAUUUAGCAGAAUUUUUUGUUUUCCUUUUAUGGGAUCUAGACAUGUAAUUCUUGGCUGGCUUGGAACUCACGGUGGAGACCAGGCUGGUCUCAAUCUCACGGCAAUCCUCUUGCCUCUGCCUCCCAAGUAUGAGAUCCCAGGCAUGUGCCACCAUGCCUGCUCUAACGUACUUUUUAAUACCAGACAUUAUACCUUAGAACACUGAAAAACCAUCUCGUGCUGACGGUGGUGACCUGUUGGUUAUUUUAAAGUUCUGUUUAGCCGGGCGGUGGUGGCGCACGCCUUUAAUCCCAGCACUCGGGAGGCAGAGACAGGCGGAUCUCUGUGAGUUCGAGACCAGCCUGGUCUACAAGAGCUAGUUCCAGGACAGGCUCCAAAACCACAGAGAAACCCUGUCUCGAAAAACCAAAAAAAAAAAAAAAAAAAAAAAAGUUCUGUUUGGAAGGAGAGGUAGGUUCAUAUUGGAGUUCAAGAGAUUGUCAUUAGUCUUUUUUCUUUUAGAAAAAAGAAAAAAAAAGAGAUUGUCAUUAGUCUUACCACACUAUCCCAAACUUUUAAUUGUGACUUUUAAUUGUAAUCAUGGUUAUUGAUGUGGGGAGGGACUGGAAUCGAACCCAGGGCCUUUUGCAUGCUAAACAUAUGUUGUACCCACUAAGCCACAUUCCCCAACCUGUAAUUAUGAUUGUCUGGGGGAAUUGGGAUUGGGGCCAGGGGUCCUGGAACUAGCUUUUGUAGACCAGGCUGGCCUCGAACUCACAGAGAUCUGCCUGCCUCUGCCUCCCAGAGUGCUGGGAUUAAAGGUGUGCACCAUCGCCCGGCUCCCCUUUUCUUUUUUAGUGAGGUGCUGGGGUCAAACUCAUGCAUGCUAAUCACACACGACCGAUGGCCUACAGCCCCAGCCCUCUAACACUGCUUGUUUUUAUCCCCCACACCCACUGUCCUUCCUAUCCUUGUGCUGGGGAGUAACCUCAGGGUCUUUCGCCUGUCUUGCUAGAUGAGCGCUCUACCUCUGAACCACAUCUCCAGCAUUCUGACAUUGUGUAGUAUUAGUAAAACCAGAAGGCUUAGUUUUAUUGUAGUGGAAUAAGAAUUGAAUAUUUAAGUUCUAUGAAACAUAGCCAGCAACAAAGUAGUGUUCUUGUUAUGAUUCUUCUCAUAAUUCUGCUCCAGUUGAUAGAAGGACCCCUUUCCCUCCAUCGUUUUGAAACAUUUUUCUUUAUUUUUAUUUUCCUGUCUUUGGUGAUGACUCUAGGACCUUGUACGUGCCAGGCAAGUGGCCACCACUGAGCUACAUCCUCAGUUCUCUCCUCAUUUCUCAAUAAAGUUAGUGUUGUUCCAAAAAAGAGAGACUUAAUCAGGUUUUGUUCCAAUGCUAAUACUGGGUACUUUGAUUUCUGUGAGUUUUAAAAGCCACUGUAUCUCCCAAAGGCAGGAAUGAAGAUAUCUCUGCUCCCAAAAGGAGAGUAGCACUGUAGAUGUUUGUCUUAAAUCACUUGGUAUGUACUAGAAACUUUAAGUGGACCAUGAAUAUAGCUGAAAUAAUGUUUCCAAGAUUUUAUGUCAAGACACAAGUUCUUCCAUGUAAAGUAAGCUUAAUGUGUUAUACUCCUAAGUGUAAAUAUAAAACAUGCUUUGAUCGUGACAUUUUAAAGAAAGUUGUUUAGAAUAUCAGAAUUCUGAUCAUUGUGUUUAGAGCACUUUUCCUUUUUUGUUGUAAGCAUGACCAUGGCGUAGAAGCGAUAGACUGCCCGUCUUUAGAGGUAGAGGUUUGUAGAAUUGCUGUGAUUUUUAGGAGAUUAAUUCUAAGCUGCUAAUGUUAUUUCUGUAUUUUUUCAUGUAAAGAUUUCUUGUAAUAUCUUAGUAAAAAUUAAAUGAAUUAGUUUCAUCUUUAUAAUCUUUACUUUAAAAAUAAACAUGUGCUUUGUGACUUUGAGUGUACCGGGAGUGGGGAUAUAUCUGCUUAUAAAGCUCUUUUCUAUAUUUUCAUUUCCGGACCACACUGUAGCUAAUUAGUCCAUUCAAUCUUAAGGUAAUUUAAACCUAUAAAAUAAAUAUCUCACUUAUAUUAUCAAUAAAAGAGAACUGAAAAUAUUUUUUAAAAUAAGAAAUUGUAUUCUAUGUCUGUUAUAGAAUCCAUAAGAUAUUAAAAGUAAUUUUUUAUCCCUA